AUGGCUCCCUCAGCUAUAGAACAACAAAUCCCAAUCGAAAAGGCCACCAUCAAAUCAUGGAGCCGACCUGCGCCUACUAACGAGAAGCUUGAUUGGGCACCACUAGUUGAGAUCGAUCUUUCUCGUUUCGACGAACCCGGCGGCAAAGAAGAUCUCGCAAAGCAAUUGUACGAUGCUGUGACACGAGUCGGAUUUUGGGUAGUUGUCGGACACGGACUCGAUGACGAGCGCAUCCUCCGCCAGUUCAGUAUCGGGAAUGCAUUUUUCAAAGAGAAUCUUGAAGAAAAGCGAAGCUUCGAAUGCAAUUUCGCCGAAGGGGAGUAUUUCGGCUACCGUGAAAACUCAAGGUGGAUUGGAGAAACGGGCGUGAAAGACAACAUAGAAAUGCUCAAUAUUCCCAAAGCUAUUCCAGAAUGGGAUGAUGUUCCCAAACACAGGAUCGUCCGUCAAAACUACGACGAGAUUGCCAGCUUCCAUCGAGAUCUUUUCGACAAGGUUGUCCGCAAGCUGUUUGUCUUGAUGGCGAUUAUCCUGGAAUUACCGGAAGACCACCUAGUUCAGGCUCACGCCUAUGAUAAGCGUUCCGAUGACCACCUGCGAUACAUGAUCUACAACACGCGCACUCAAGAGGAAUGGGACAAGGCACAGGGAUAUACCAAGGGCGGUCACACGGACUUUGGCAGCUUGACGCUGCUCUUCUCGCAGAAUGUUGCGGGUUUCCUCAAAUCGACAAUUCAUCGUGUCGUUACACCUCCCAGAGAUCAGAUCGAUAUCCCCCGCCUUGGGUUGCUCUACUUCUGUAGACCGGGUGAUGACACCGUGAUGAGAACCGUGCCCUCGCCUUUGCUUGAACGUCUUGGUCUUCUAACCGAAGAAGACAAAAGCCAAAGCAAGCCUGCUCCUACCGGGACUGAGUAUGUUCGAGCUCGGGUGCGGGAUGUUCAUCAUAAAACGGUGAUUGAUCGUCGGGAAAACACUUCGUUUGAGUUCAAAGGACUGAAAGUGCCCAACUAUUAUAAGUGA